GAGGAAAGAUAUUUCCAGCGUUAAACGAAGGUAAUUAAGUAUGCGUUAAAUGGACUUAAAAGAAGCGGAGAAGGGUUUUUAUAUCCGAUUCUGCGUUCCCCGACGCACCUGCGCCCCUUCUCUUCCAUUCUUGCGCCGCUUUCUCGUCUUUUCGCACUUCCACCCACUCUCUUCCUCUUGCUCUCUCCGCUCGUCUUCGAGGUUUUCUAUGCGAGAAGCUCUGAUUUCUGAUAGAAGAAAUAGAGGAAGUAGGGCGUUCCCCGACGCACCUGCGCCCCUUCUCUUCCAUUCUUGCGCCGCUUUCUCGUCUUUUCGCACUUCCGCCCACUCUCUUCCUCUUGCUCUCUCCGCUCGUCUUCGAGGUUUUCUAUGCGAGAAGCUCCGAUUUCUGAUAGAUAGAAGAAAUAGAGGAAGUAGGAGGCGGCGGCUCUUUAAAGAUUUGAUUUUGGGGUCGUUUUCUUCAUAGACGAGCUCGGUUGCGCCGGCUCCGGUGAAAAGAUUUCUCCUCUCGGUGACGGUCGUCUCGGAAGCGCAAGCUUCGUCGGAAAGGGAUAGAAGAAGAAGGCCUGAGAAGAGCAAGAGCAUAGCCCUAUUCCGAUCCAAGAUUUCUGCAAAAUAACCCCGCUUCUAAGGGAACCUCUCCUUUAGGACAACAGAGACCGCUGCCGUCGGAUUGGCUCUCGGUGCCGUUGGAUUGCUUCUGGCGGACGCUUCAGCCACUCGUUCCUCUUCUCCCGUCCUCGCACCAGUUUCUUUCUAAUUUUCUGAGGCUGUUCGAUCUCCUCUCCCGGUCAAAAUCAGGGUUUUCUCUUCCUGAAUAGACGAAUAGUGGAAGAGACGAGGCCGGCGCCAUCUAACCUGGAGUCACCGAGCAAGCCCUUCACCAAGAUGUUCCGCAUCCGCCGCCGCCGGGACGCCACCGGCUCCGUCGGAGGCAGCGGUAAUGGUGUCGUCCCGGGCAAAGAUAGGCCAAUCAUGGAGAAGCUCAAGCUCUCAGGAAAACCUCAGAGACUACUUCUCCGCCAUGCCCUCCGAGCCUCACAAAGGCGAGGAUGAGAAGCAGCAGCAGCAGCACUCGCAGAAGAAGCUGUCCUCCAAGGAUAAAGAGGCGAUGGAAUCCCUCCUCGCCAACCUCUUCGCCAGCAUCUCCGCCAUCAAGGCCGCCUACGCCCAGCUCCAGGUGGCUCAGUCCCCCUACGAUCCCGACUCCAUCCAGUCCGCUGACCAGGCCGUGGUCUCCGAGCUCAAGCACCUCUCCGUCCUCAAGCAGUCCUACCUCAGCAAGCAGCUCCAAUCCACCGCUCCACCGGUCUCCCAGCCGGCCCUGGAGGCCCGGAACCAGGAGCAGCGCAGCCUCCUCAAGACCUACCAGAUCACCACCAAGAAGCUCGAGGCCGAGCUCCAGCUCAGGGACUCCGACAUCCUCUCCCUCCAAGCCCAGCUCCAAGCCCUGGAGAAGCAGAACCGAGCCCUCGACGCCAGGCUCCACCCGGGCCGCUCGCUGUCCGCGCUCGACGACCUCCACCUCUCCGGGCUGAACCCCACCCAUUUCCUCACCGCGCUGCGGUACACCGUGAAAUCGAUCCGGUGCUUCGUCAAGCUGAUGGUUAAGGAGAUGGAAUCAGCCGGGUGGGACCUUGACGCCGCGGCCGGAUCCAUCCAGCCCGACGUACUUCGCCGGAAGCCCAGCCACCGGAUCUUCGCCUUCGAAUCAUUCGUCUGCCAGAAAAUGUUCUCCGACUUCCAUCGCCGGGACUUCAAUCUUAGCUCCUUGGCAGACCGAUCCACUUGGGACCGGCGCCGGUUCUUCGACGAGUUCACCGAGCUCAAAUUCGUGAAAAUAAAGCAGGCUUUCGAAGGGGGAACCCAAAAGUCGGCGUUGGGGAAGUUCAUAAGGGCGAAGUAUUUGGCCCUGGUCCACCCGAAGAUGGAGGCGUCGUUCGUUGGUAGUCUGGAGCAGAGGGCGCUGGUGAGCUCGGGGCAGGGGUUCCCGGUGUCGGCGUUCUUCUCCGGCUUCGCGGAGAUGGCGAGGCGCGUGUGGCUCCUCCACUGCCUCUUCUUCUCGUUCGGGCCGGGGGAGGGGUCCAUCUUCCAGGCCCGGCAGGGCUGCCGGUUCUCGGAGGUUUACAUGGAGAGCGUGGCGGAGGAGGAGGACGACGACGACGACGCUGCCGGACUGAGGCCCCCCACCGUGGGGUUCACGGUGGUCCCCGGUUUCCGGGUGGGGAAGACGCUGAUACAGUGUAAAGUCUCCAUCGCAUCAUCUGCGCCUCAGAUGGGUGGGCGGUCAUGACCCUUCUCCAAGAUAGGGUGGAGAUCUUGAUGAGCCAUCGGACGGCGCUGGAGGCACCUAAGCCUGUUGUUGCCAUCCCGGAUUUUGCCAAGUGGGCCCUGCGGUACUUGUCCCGGGAUGUGGGGCGGUGGGGAGACAGGUCUGAUGGAAAAGGUGGAAAGGACUCUCCAAGCGGCUAUUAAUAGUAAACAGAAUGAUAAUAUUAUGUAUUAUUAUUUUUUAUAAUUAAAGCGAGUAUUUAUUAGGUCUAUGUGGAUUGAUAGAUAAUGACAGAUGGCAUAUUAGUUUAUAGUGUGGGGGAAUGCCGUGUGUGGGAAACUUAGUGGCGUUUUGUCUGGUUGGACAUUUUGUUAGAAUAAAAAUAAUGGUGGUUGGUCUUGGGGGAAAUAGAA